GCGCUUUUCGUCGUCCUCUAUCAGUGCAUGUACCCAUGACGGCCGUAUAGUUUGAACGGUCCAACCGCGACUUGCAAAACCGCGUGACUGUGUGCCACUGUGCUGCUUGAUUGGGGUGCUAGCCAGACAUAUAAUGGCGACGUUGAAGUACUUCGUAUUUUGCUUAGGUGUGGUACAGCUCUUGAUUUGUUGGUGCGUAUCGAAAUUCAGCCACUUGGAGGCAUUUCUUGAAGCUCUUCCGAUUCAGUUUUUGGUUUUUGGUUUCUUCCCUCUGUCAGUUUUUUGUUUUCUCAUCUCCGGACUUUCUAUCGGAGUAUCAGAAACUUAAGCCCUAUUCGAUAAUCAUUCACUCCCGAAAUCUGCGAAGCAGGGAAAUUGCAACUUCGCCGUUUUGAACUGCAGCUCCGCCAACUCCGCUCUCGAAGUUAUGGAGCGGUACCGAACAGGGCCUUAACUUCUUGAUCGAUUGGUCCGUCCGUUGUGUUGUUUCCAGAGAUGCUACGAGAAGCGUAAGAAUUAUUAGGAGACGACAAAAUUCCUUUUCUUUAUCGCCAAAUAUCUUGGUGUUUCUCUUUGUGAUUCGGGGUAGGCUACAAACCACUACGAUCGAGCAGAAUUUCGCCAGCUUCCUCCAAGAAAUGGAGGCGCAAGAGACGGCCGGAGGCGUCGGCGCCGGCUUCCAAGGCGGCAGCCGCAGCCUCCUACUAUGCCGCCGCUGCCUCGACCGCAUCGCCAGCCUGCAGCGCGACUGCUACGAGCACAUCCGACGGCUCAGGCGCGCGGCCGGCGUCGAGCAAGUCCUUGGGCUCCUCCGCACGGAGCAUCCCGGAGCUGUACGGGGAAAGGGGCGCGCAAAGCCUGCUGGAGUUCGGCCUCAGCGAGCUCCGUGGCGCCACGGCCAACUUCAGCCCGCUGCUCAUGGUCGGCAUGGGCGGCUUCGGGUGCGUCUACAGGGGCGCCCUCCGCCUCCCCGGCGGGAACCCCCACGGCACGGCGGUCGCCGUCAAGAAGCUCAACCCCAACGGCGGCCAGGGACACAAGGAAUGGCUGGCCGAGGUCCAAUUCCUCGGCAUCGUCGAGCACCCGAACCUCGUCAAGCUCGUCGGCUACUGCGCAACGCAGACCGAUCAAGGGCCGCAGAGGCUUCUGGUCUAUGAGUUCAUGCCCAACAAGACCCUGGACGACCACCUGUUCAACCCAGAGCACCCUGUCCUCCCAUGGGACGUCAGGUUGCAGGUAGCAUUGGGUGCUGCUGAAGGGUUACUGUAUCUCCACGAGGGCCUUGAGCUUCAGAUUAUAUACCGCGAUUUCAAGGCUGCAAACAUACUGUUGGAUGAGGAGUUCAGACCCAAACUUUCAGACUUUGGAUUAGCAAGGGAGGGGCCAUCCGAAGGUCAAACCCAUGUAUCUACAGUGGUAAUGGGAACCUACGGCUACGCAGCUCCAGACUAUGUCCAGACAGGGCAUCUCACCACCAAGAGCGACGUCUGGAGCUUCGGAGUGGUAAUGUAUGAAAUCCUCACGGCUCGAUGCUCGGUAGAGAAAAAACGCCCCAAGAACGAACAGAAGCUCCUGGAGUGGGUGAGGCGGCACCCAGCCGACAGCGAACAGUUCGGCAAGAUCAUCGACACAAGGCUUGAAGGGAGAUACUCCAUGAGAGGAGCAAGAGAGAUCGCCAAGCUGGCCAACAGCUGCCUUGCAAAGUAUGCAAAGGACCGCCCCGCAAUGGUGGAGGUGGUCGAGAGGCUGAAGCUGGCAAUGCAGCACAAGGAAUUGGAUGGUCAGGAUGUCCGUUCACUGGAAGAAAGCUCGCUUCUUCAUGAGGCACCAACGACACCACCCAUGGAGGAUGAGGCUGCGGUGUCGGCAAGGCGGCGGAUGCUUCAUUUGGCUGCCCUAGGUGAGAAUGCAAAUGCUCAUGCAAGGAGAAGGUUGAUGCUCAUGAGGGCAGCUGCUCCUCGGACGUGUACCGUGCCAUCGUUGAGCUCUUGAUUUUGAUGGAUUUUGUUUUCUUGUUGUUCUAUUUUUGAUGUAUGAUUGUAUAUGGUUUAGAAAUUUAGUUUUCUUCAAUGCUAUAGCUGAUGAUUGAUGAGUAAAGUUUGAAGAGCUGGUGGUGGUACAAAAAGGUUGAAAAGCAUGAAAUGUAGUUAUGCCUUUCUUUUGUCGGCCUCACGUGAGCCAGUAAUUUGUAUACAUGAAAAUGGCGCCUACUGUUUCAUU